AUGUCAAGGUUUCAACCAAGUCGUGCUUCCCCUCCAGCUAAACCAAAAAAUCUCCCGGGUCCUUCACAUCGAGCUCCUCCCUCUAUAUCCGAUUUUUCACGGUCCUCCGCUAUUUCAGUUCCAGAACUACAAGACCUUUCUCCACAAGAUAUCGAAUUUUUCAAUGCUGUGAUAGCUAGGGCGGCGCCAUCUGCAACCACUUUUCUGACGGUGUUUAAGGCAUAUAACGAUGUCCUACACGAACGUGGCCUCGACCCUCAGACGGAGGUUGUGUACUACAAGAAAUUACUGAAGCUUAGUUCUGUUAGAGCUGCCAACUGGGGGGAGAGGUGGAGGUUAAUCAAAUCACAGUAUGGCUACGACAGUAGCUUCAAUCGUUCUUCCACUCCUGCCAAAGACCGGGGCAAACCUCACACUUCAGGUACUCCGAACCUAACGGCUCCUGUACACGACGACGAUAUAUUCUCCCUUCAUUCUCACCAACAUGAAGCGGCCAGCACUGAAUCAGAACAGGCUGAAUCAGAACAGGGUACCGAAACAGAGCUUGACGAACCUCAGCGUCAUAGUCGCGCUCCCUCACGAUUGCAUUCUCGAGUUCUACCAAAUGUAAUCCCAUCCAGGACGACUACGUCAAAUGGCCUGGUAUCCAAUGUCAAUCUAAACCUUCGUAAUCCUAUACUAUCCAAUGUUCGCUCAAAAGAAGCUGUGACCCCCAUUACUCGACCUUGGGACGAGACUUCAGACAUGACAGAAGAUAUCGUACCUUCAAUAUCAACGACACCGCCUUCGUAUGGAGCGGCUACGAGAGAUUUAAUCGGUCAACGAGAGCGCAGAGGAAGUGCCAUCAAUGAAGACGAUGCGUGGAAUAAGGUCAAGAUGAUUCGGGACGAGCAAGAUGCUGACAGAUUUCGGGAGGAAAAACUACUUGAACGUUGCUGGGAUGUCUGGAGGCAAGGCUAUGAGUGGAUUAACACUACGCAGCAGCAAAUAUCUGAGGCAAGGGACAAUCUCGUCCUUCGUCUAUGUCUUCAUCGCUGGCGUAAUUCUACUGCAUCUCGUGUUGAACUCCUUGGUCGUGUGACUGUUAUCGCAAAUAACAGAUGCCUCCGAGUCUCAGUUAACCAAUGGAAAGCAAAGCUAAAGGAAAGAAGACAGGCGAUGUGGCGGAAUGAGAUGCGUUCUAAGAUGAAGACCGUGCGGGAGAGUCGGGAAACAUUACUGAAGAAAGAUGCAUGGGCGAAAUGGCGGCAGUCUUACCGAUCCCAUUUAUCCGAGCAGCACUACAAUGAGCGCUUAGUCCUACGGUUAUUCGAGAGAUGGAGUCUAAAGCUGAUGGAAAAGGAUCAUUUGGAGGCUGCGAGUGAGCAAUUCACUAAGAUCUCUGAUGGUAGAAUGGUGGGAAGGUGUUUCGAGUUUUGGAAACGCCAGUUGCAGAUGAAGAACAACGAGAGGAUGGUUGUAAGAAGAGUAGGGCUGCGAGUUAUGGGUGAAGCAAUGGAUGUAUGGAAAAAACAUUCACAUGAGCGGCACUCAGCCCAUAUAUUCCACGAUACCAUCAUAGUGAAGAAAGCUAUCAGAUCUUGGAAAGCUGCUCGUGACCGGAUACAUAGUCUGGAGAAACGCGCCGCAAAGCAUCUUGCUCGACAAGAUGAUGUUCUGGUUCGUGCUGUUACCCGGGUGUGGAAAGCUCACGAACGUGGUAGGCUCUUGGAGAGAGUAAGAGCUGUACGGUUAGUAAAAGAUGUGUGGAUUGUUUGGAAGCGAAAGAUGCAGGAGCAGGAGCAGCGCCAAGAUUUUGCUCUCGCCUUUUCGAUGCGAUCUAAUUCAUAUGCGAUGUCCUCCUCAUUGCAAACAUGGCGUCGAGUCUACACUACUCAUCAAAAUGCCUCGACGUUCGCUACACAAUAUAAUUCGACCCAGCUUUGCUUUAGAAUACUCUUGAAGUGGCGACUUCAGUUCAGAUCGCAAUUGGCACUUGUAAAGCAAGCUAAAGUCGCAGAAAAGUUCUUCCUCAGAAGACGAAUCUUGGGAAAAUGGAAAGAACAGCUAAGCGACAAAAGAAGAGAAAGAAGCUUGACAAUACUGUCCACCCAAAAACUUGCAAAGUGUUUCAGCUCGUGGAAGCAGAAAACCCAGAAGCGACGUUUAAUCCGUUUGGCAGAGCAACAAAUUCACGCUCUUGUCUCUACUCGGAUUACGAGGACUGUAUUGAGUCUAUGGACGAACCGAGUAAUUGAAAUCAAACUGCGCGAGCUAGAAGUCAGCCAACGGAUUUCAAAUGUUUUGGUGAUGUCUGCUUUCAAGAAAUGGAAGACAGUCUGCCUACGCCAUGUGGAAGAACUUAGCCUGAUGGAAAGCUAUCAGGAUGUUAAACGCGAAGAAAAUAUCCGCCGGAUGUUUAAUCGGUGGCUCAAUGCCUCCCGUUCAUCUCGCUACAGGCGACAGACCUUGCAGCAGAAGGAGGACGAUAUGAAGCGCGCAGCGAUAGCAGUAUCAUGGGAUAAAUGGAGAGGUCGCUUUAAAGACGAGAGGCUACGCCCAAUUGAACACAACGUCAUUGUGCAAAGUCGACGUAAUUUACUGUUUCGUGCGUUCGGGAUCUGGCAUUCUAGAACGAAGUCUCUACCAGCAAUCCGAUUCCACGCAUCAUAUACGAAAGCCAAGUGCUGGAACGUAUGGCGCGCUUCUAUGCCACAGGCCCUACAAGCUAAGAAGGCGCGCGAGAUGGACAAGAAACAGGUCCUGUCAAAAACUUUGGAAAAAUGGGUACAAACUCACAGAACAAAAAUCGCGCUCAAAGCAGUCGCACGUGCUCGUUAUCUUCGUUUACCUACUGCAGCCCCUCGACAAGGCCCAGACCAGGAAUCGCCAGCCUCCUAUCUACGAAGCUUCCUGCGGCAGGAAAUCCCCCUCCCUAUCCACAGUCUUCAAAUCGGGGUGUACGCGAGUCUAGUCCAACGCGAUCCAUUUUAUCUCUAGGAGCCAUUCAGAGAUCACCUCGACCGAGGUUUACUACUCGUGGUAUAGGAUUAGCCCAGCGUGAUCCCAGCCCAACGCACUCAAAAUCAUCGGUAAGCAUUGCUCAAGAUAACAACCCACCAAGAUCAAUGUUCCCUCCUCCACCUUCUACUGCAUCAGGUGUGGGGGAGCGCGGGCGACAUAAACUCUGGCGUUAAAAACUCAAGCUGCUUGCUGGUCAACGCCUUC